AUGAUUCUUUAUGACUCCAACUCCGAUGAUGAGUUGGAGAUAGUUACAAUAGCUUCUAUGGAAGCCGAGAGUUCAUCAAAGUCACGACAUGCUGAUUGUAAACGAUGCGAGUUCCUUUGGCGUAAUCCUUUGCAAGGCCAUCAAAGGUUUUUUCUUAACUAUUUUGCUGAUCUACCAAAAAGAAAUGGUACUGGAGUGCUCGGUUUGUCUUCUCUUCAAAAAAUAACUACGGCUCUUAGAAUGUUUGCUUAUGGAGUAGCAGCUAAUUUUAUGAAUGAAUACUUGAGGAUUGGAGAAAGUACUGCAAUGAAAAGCCUAAAGAAAUUUGUCAAAGCAGUGGUUGCAAUUUUUUCUUAUGAGUACUUAAGGUCACUGAACAACGACGACAUUGCUAGAAUUCUAGCGGUUGGCGAAAGUCGCGAUUUUCCUGGGAUGUUAGGGAGCAUUGAUUGUAUGCACUGGACCUGGAAGAAUUGCCCAACUGCAUGGAAAGAACGGUUUUCUGUAUUUACCGAGCUUGCUCAGGGGCGUGCUCCUUGA